AUGAUUGAUUACUCAACAACGUCGACAACUACAACAACCACUUCAUCCGAAUUGAAGUCAAAUAAUAAUAUAAAAAGUACAACCGAAGCUUUAGUAUCAUUAGCAGCACCAGGCGAUAGCUUAAUUAUCAAUGAUAUUGUAAAAAUCAACAAAGCACAUUCAAAUCAUGCAAAAAGGGCCACGAAAUUAGGUUCUGCAAGCGCUACUUGGUCUAAAAUCAAAUCAGCAACGACAACAAAUACAGAGAAAGAGGAUAUAGAUGAUCAGCAUCCUAGUUACUUAAUUGAAAAUGGCCCGUCUGGAGAAAUUUCCAUUUUGUACAAUAAUAAUAUUUUAGAGGUUUGGAAGUUUAAGCCUGACUUAGAUUUACUAAACCUCAUGUAUCAACUUAAAUUAAAUUUAGAUAUAGAGAUAAAAUCAUUCAAGUUGAAAAGUAUUAACAAUCAAACAUACUUAUUUGUUGUGGGAAAUGAUCAAUUGCAAUCUUUAAAAAUAACGGAAGGAUCAACAAAUCCAAUUCUGAAAGUUCAAUUACAUUUUAGUGAUAAUUAUACCUUGAAAAUAUCUAAUAAUUUUAUUAUAGUUGCUGGCUCAACUGGGUACAUUUCAAUAUUCAAAGUAAAUUCCCAAGGUGAAAUUUCACAACCUUCAAAAUCAACAAAUAUUAAAAAACAAACAAGUAUAGCAACUGCUGAAUUAGGCUUAUCCGAAGAUGAUUUAUGCAUUAAAACAAAUUUAAAUGAUGAUAAUGUCCCAAUUUACGAUAUAGUCGAUAAUUGGUUAAUUUACUCGCCUACAAAAACAGAAUAUACACAAUUAAAAAAGACAAAAAACCAACAAAAAUCAAAUCCUGAAUUAGAUCCAAUAAUCACAAAUUACAAUGAUGAUACUCCAACUUCUAACCAAUCAAUCUACACCCCAAUAAAAUUAAAUUCAAAAACUCCAUUAUUUAAUAAACUACUUUCCACAUUUUCAAAAUCUGCAUUAGAUGGAUUAUACAAAUUCUCAAAAUUAUCAAGCAAGAAAUUUAAUGAGUACAUGAAUAAUGAACUAGAAUUAAACUCACUUGGUUCCUCAAUUAAAAAAUCAACACUUGAAUUUUUGAAACCAAGUGAUAAUCAAAUAUUAAUCAUUGUUGAUUUAUCAAAUGAUAAGAUAUUGGCGAGAUUGAAAUUUCCUGAUGGAGUUUCAAAAUGCUCACUAUCACCAUUUGAUUCAAAAUUGUUAAUUGUUGAUAAAAGAGGUGAUGCAAUAUAUUUAUACGAUUUGUUUAAAUUACCACUCGAAAUUUCAUUAACUAAUAAAUACAUAAGAGGUAAAACAUCAGCAGUUGUAAGUGAUUUAACUUGGAGUUAUAAUGGGAAUGUUUCUUUUGGUGUAAUUACAAAAUUAAGUGGAAGUAUACAUUGGUAUGAUUUAAAUCUAGAGAAAUCAUGGAUAUUGUCAAAUUUCAAAGGUUUAAAAUUUUUCAACUUAAGUAAUCAAUUAAGUGUACUAGAUGAAAACAAUAAUUUAAAACUAUUCAAUGAAAACGGCUCACUGGAUUAUGAAUUCAAUUUACCAAAAUCACCUGUUUCGACUUUCAAGAAUCGACCAGAAAAGGAAGUUAAAAUGGAAGAGAUUAAAAAAGUUAUGUCUCCUUUAUCACAAGCUGAAAUUGAAACAUGUUCACCAUUUUUAAAUUUGAUAAAUAAUAAAAGAAUAGAAUUUGCAACUUAUGAUCCAGAAUUAAAUAAUUUUGAUGAUGAAUUUGGUAAUGAGAUUAACGGUCUAAUAAAGUAUAAAUUUAACAAUACUACAAAAGUUAAACCUAAUGAAGAUUUGGAUUUUUCAAUUGGUGAAUUAUUUAUAAAUCAAGAUAGUGAAUAA